AUUUAAUUUAGGAUAGACAGAAAGUAGUCUAAUGUAAACUUACUUCAAAUGCUGAAAAUGAGAUAUUUUAGAUUGUGCAAUUUUAUUGAGAAAGAUUCAAGGAAGAUACGUGAAAUAUGAGAUAAUAAUUUAUAAAUAGUUAGCUUUAAUGAUGAAAUAUUAAAUAAAUGUAUAAUAAUCAUUUUGAGCUUAUUGGGGACGACCAUUUCGUGAACUUUUUAAUGGAUCAGAAUUAAUCGAAUUUUCCUUAUGUUAAUAGUAGCUCAUUCGGGUAAUGCUAGAACUCAGAUGAUGAAGGUCCGAAUUAACAAGAGUUCUUUUCAUCAUGUUAACUACCUCAAUAAAGUCAAGGGAAGAAGCAAUAAAAAAAGAAGAAAUCGGAGGAUACUAUUCUGACAAGCAAGCAAAACCUAAAGAACACUUACAUUAACAAAAUCACUUCUCUAAUUUAAGAAUCUAAACCAACCAUGACUCCUAAGUUUGAGAGGAAAGUUUCAACCAACACAGACGAUUCUACGUAGGCCAAACUCAUUAGGAAUAGGGAAUGCGCUAGGAAUUCGAGGAAGAGAAAGAAAAUUUAUUUGGAAUUAUUAGAAAACAGAGUAAACACACUGAAGGAGGAGUUAGAAAAAUGCAAACGCAUUAUUAAGGGGCACAGUAGUUGUAUGUAAUAAAUUGGGUCCAAUCCCCAAUUAUAAAACUUUUUUGUAGGUAGAUAACAAUUGUUUGACAAGCUGGAAUCUGCAGUGCAAAACAAUUCUGAUAACAAUGAGAUAAAUCUGUUACUGGACUCAAUGAGAUUCAGAGUUGGUGGAGGAGGCAAGGAGAGAGUCAAUGCUUCCAAUUACUUUCUACAAUAAAUAAUGGAGAUCUCUUUUCCUAUUCACGUCAAAUAUCUGUUAUGGGCAUCAGGACCUAAUCUGACUGAACCAACUUGGUUCACCAAUCUAAGUCGAGAAAUCGAUAUAUCAGAUUAGCAAAUGAAAUCCCUGAAGAAAUCUUAUAAGAGAAUCUAAUCGGAUAAGGAGAAAUUGCAAGAUAUCAUCAAAUAAUUGUAAACUGUAAAAGAGAAUCUCUAUCAAAAGACAAAUUCUUUGGAAAACUUCAUUGAUGAAAUGAGAAGUAUUCUCACUCCUACUCAAGUCGCUAAAUUUUUAUUGGGUUUGGAAAAAAAUAAGUUUCAAAAGGAACUGAGCAUGUCGAAUCUGUGGAAAUAAUUUGAAGAUGAAUUCGAUACAGAAAUCAAAGAAGAAGAAUGCUAAUUUGAGGAUACUGUCACAAAGAAGGUUCACCUCUGA